AUGAACACAAUGAAUGUGGCCAUAACCAAUAACACUAACUUGAGCGACAAUUCGAUUGAUAACUGUGUUAACGGCGAUGAAUCAUUGGACAUUGAUAUAACGGAUUCUGUGUCGGAAAAUAAAAAUAAGGAAGUACCUGUGCCUACCGCAAUCGCAUUAAUCAAAGCCCGGCCUACUUUGCAAUCGGUAAAUGUAAAGGACCCAUCAGAAGCUAACAAUACAAAUAAAAGUGCGGUAAAGCCCAAAAAUUGGUUGAUAUCUGACUUAUCAGGUGAAACAAUUCAAGAAGACUCAGACAGCAUUCAUUUAAAUUCUGUUACUGAUAAUGAAUGUUCGGGUGGGAGCAACUCACCUAUUCCGACGCCAAUAACACCUGAAAAGUGUGCGUCGCCAGACGUCGCCGUCCUGACAUCAAUUACUGACAAUUUUAACCGAAUUGAUUCGUCGGCGCCUAGUAAUAAGCAGCGUCGAUCUCGAACUAACUUCACACUCGAGCAGCUUAAUGAGCUCGAACGACUAUUUGAUGAAACACACUAUCCAGAUGCAUUCAUGAGGGAAGAACUGAGUCAGCGAUUGGGGCUCAGCGAAGCGCGAGUACAGGUUUGGUUUCAAAACAGAAGAGCGAAGUGCCGAAAACACGAAAACCAAAUGCAUAAAGGUAUUUUAUUAAGCACCCAGAGCCCGCCAGUAUCUGCACCACUCGAACCAUGCCGGGUAGCACCUUAUCUAAAUAUUAGUACAAUCCGCAGCAAAACAUCCUCCGCACUCCCAACAACCAGGAUUGUCAGCAGCAUGCAGUCUGCAGCCAAUGCUAGCAAAGGCAGUACGAUGGUAUCAACUCCAUCCGGGCUACCGGCAUCAGCGGCAGCAGCAGCCCAACACUUCUCCGUUGCGGCAGCAGCCGCGUUUUCAGCGUUCGACCCGGCAAUUAUUUCUGCAGCAGCUCACCAGUAUGCCUCGGCCAUUAGCAAUGGUGCCGCGCCCACGGGACUGUUCCCUUUGCCGCAAUAUCCAAUUAAUUUGGCUGCCUUUGCAGCCGCUCAUAGCAAAAGCUCUAGCAUAGCUGACCUGCGAAUGAAAGCCAAGAAGCAUACCGAAUCGUUGGGUCUUCAGACAGACACAGUUCUGUAG